AAAUAACCCAACCCAAAACCCUCCUCUUCAGUUUUUGUGGCAGAACUCAGAAGCAAGCGGCUCUGUUCAAGCAGAAGCAGAAAAUAGAGAAAGACGAUCUUUUUAUUCAGUCAACCAAAUCUAAAUCCUAAAACUAUGGAACCCACCUAAAGCAGUUUUCUUCUAGCUUCGAGUCUUCCCCCAGGAGCAAAGCUAGGUGAUAUGGGUGGAGCACUUCUAGGCUUGCCAGGACCCUGGGCCAAGGACAACAGUGAGCCCUCUGAUCAUUACACCACAAAAAUUGGUGGUCUUCCGGAUUGGCCUUUCCUCAAAGAUGCCAUAAACCCAGGUCUUCUAGAAUGCAGUCAAUGUGGGAGUAAGCUCUGUCUUGUUGCACAGGUUUAUGCUCCAAUUUCGAUUGAAGAUUUAAAGAUAGAGGAGCGUUUUCUUCUUGUUUUUGGUUGUGUGACCCCUACUUGUGGGGGAACUCCUCUUAGUUGGCGAGCUGUUCGGAUUCAGAAAGUAGAGAAUGUGAAUGAAUCGUCCCCCAUAGUUACCCCAGAAAAAUCUGAAUCUCCUGUUUCCGUUUCUACAAGUAAAUGGUGGGGGAGUUUGGAUGAUGACGAUGAUGAAGAUAUAGAUCUUGAGGAAUUGGGAAAAGCAUUUGCAGAAACUGCAAGCGUGACUCCUGAAUCCAAGAAGUCAGAUAGCAAGCAACAUACUAAGGGUGUUGUGAAGCCUUCAUCUUUAAGUCCACAAACAAGAGUAGUAGAUAAGGACACACCAGUGAUGCCUUGCUUUUACAUUUAUACUGAGGACGAGCCAUCCUCAAGGGGUGUUUCUUCUGUAUGUUCAAGUUACUCAUCACUUUCCAUCAAGGAGAAAGAUAGUGAUAUUGAAGAUCAAGGACAAGAAGAAACUUGGGAAGCAGAAAGUUAUGAGUAUGAUAAAGCUUUGACUGCUGACAGGACUUACCUUAAGUUCAAGAAAAAAUUGGAUGCAUCCCCAGAGCAAUGUUUCAGAUAUGCAUUUGGUGAGAAGCCACUGCUGGCUACAAAGGAGAUUGGUGACCCUGGAAAGUGCAAGCUUUGUGGUGCUUCAAGGUGCUUUGAGAUGCAGCUGAUGCCACCAUUAAUAUAUUUUCUUCAAGAAGAAGCAGAUGAUCUUCAGAAAAAGAUUCUGGAAAACUGGAACUGGUUGACGCUUGCUGUCUAUACUUGUUGCAAGAGCUGUUCUAAGAAGUCUGAUCAAGGCGAGUCUACCUGUGGUGGUUGGGUUGUGGCAGAAGAGACUGUUAUUCUGCAGUCUGAUGAAACCUUACAGGAAUGUUCUCAACUUGGUUAUUUCUCAUGAUUUAUAGCAUUACUUUUGGAAAAGAGAAAUGAGGGGUGCAUUGAAGUCAAUUUUUUUCUUCGAAUGAAUGCUUAGUUGCUAUUCAUAAUGAUGAGUCAUGAUAAAUUGUGCUCUAAUUAAGCUGUGCUAUUCAUUGGCCUUGCAAUUUUCAAACACACAGCACAGGGAUUUGCCUCUUCUUGUUUUGGUAAUAUUUUUGUAGUUUUACCUAACAGUUACUCAUUUGAUUGUUACUAUAUGAGAUUUUGAAGGCAUUGGAAGGUUGUAGAAACAAAAAUGAAUGGAGAUAUUAAAU